AUGAAACAUACAUUCGUAUCUUCGUCGCCUGGUCAGUACACUGUGACAGCAAUCACGGAAAAUCCAUUACAAGACGUGUCCUUGUCCAAAAAAUCUGAGGAAUAUUCUCGCACGCGCACCUCUCGGGCCAAACAACUGCUCAACUCCCUAAGGAAUUUCACUUCAGCCGGGACCACACCCACAGCUUCUCCGAACCGCAGUGCCAACAGUGGCGUGGUGUGCAGGAUUCCGCGAGCUUGCUGUAGAUACAGCAGUCCUCAGAAGCAACAGCACUUCAGGAGCUCCCCACGACUACGACUCAGCCAGACUGUAAUCAACUCCGAUGCUCAGGCAUUUAGACGAAGGACAGAGUCGGAUGGCUCUCCAGGAAGCGUGACAGGAACGACCAUGGAUAUGAGGAAGCAACAGUUUGGCCAACUCAGUACGACCUCAAGUGCUUCUAGCAUAGCUAAUGCCGUUCGGUCACCAGAAAUAAGGAAGCCACAAAGCAACCAAAUGUCCUCUAUUCCUAAAUCACUCACGGAGGCGAAGCGAGGCACAUCACUUGCCAAUGGAGGGAUCGCUGCUGCUGGUGCUAAUGGUGGAGGUGGUAGUGGUAGUCUCACCUCGAGAAUCCCCACGGCGCCUAUGGCACCGAGCAUGGUGGUGGGGGCAGGUGCAGCCACCAAUCUGGGCCGGAAGACGAGGGUAGCAGCAGUGGCCCACCAGAAGACACUCCUCACCAGUAAUCUGGGCGUCACCUCGCCACCCACCCAGAGGCCCGUCGACUCACACUACGGCAGCGUACGUCGUGCCGAGAUCACCAAGGUGAUAGGCCAGACUACCGCAGUAACUGCUACGCCGGCGGGGGCCCAAGUUCAUCAGGGAAACCAAACCUACACCCUCAUCGCCUACCAGCCCACCCAGUCUGACCCUCACAGAAAGGUCCAGAACCAACCAGCUGUCCUCUACGCAAUUCCCUCAAGCCACGCCUUCCUUCAACAGCAUCAGCUCCAUCAAAUAACUCAACAGCAACAACAACAACAUUCCUCACAAGCAAGUCUUAAACCAUUUCAACAUGCGAUGCCUCAUAAACCCGUCUCAGGUGGCAUUACACCAGCAGCAGUGUUGAUGCCGUCAACUCUUCCAGGCCAUGCACAUCCGCACGUCCAUGGCUCCAACGCCUGCGAUGUGGGACAACAGCAGCGGACGACAGUGACGACGACAACAACGGCGACGAUGGCAACACCAGUGCAUCGACCAGCGGAACUGGUUUGCACCUGUCCGCCUGAGCUCCAUCAAGCCCUCAUUGAGCAUCAUCAGCAACGUCAAGGCCAACAGAAUUCGCAGAAUUUCCUCCUGAUCAAUCGUGAUCAACCCGCACUCCACACACCGGACAGCGGUCAAUAUCAGUGCGCGGACCUUCACUGCCCUCAGCAAGGCCGGGAGAUGGACGCUGAGUCGCACGUCAACUACCUAGUUACGCUCUUUCAGGUGCUGAUGGCCUCUGGGGUUCGUGGGGAAUCCUUUGUCAGUGCCUUUCGACUAUUGGGACUGUUGCCACAACUCACAGAUUUACAGAGGGAGACCGCUUUUCGUGCGAAAAACGAGUUACAGCAAGUUCGUGUCGCGUUAUCUGAUUUGAAGCAGGAGCAAAUGCGGAUGAAAACAAUCUUUGCAAAGGAGGUUCAGUGCUGUGAAAGGCAGAUAGCUGUGCAGUUGAAGAAGUACGAGCGCAGAAAGGGUCUACAGCAGGCCCAACCCUUCUACGACACCAGAAUACAUAAGGUGCGCUCGGACAGACAAACGUUGGACAAUGCGCUUGCGGCCUAUCAGACCACGUGGUCUUCUCUAAUUGGUCAGUUAGCGGACCUAGAGGGCGUCAUUGAAGAGACAGGCAAUGAUGUGCUCAAGGGUAGAUGCCGAAUCACCUUUCAAAUGGUCAGCGCUCUCGAGGAUCGCUUACAGCUUGCGACGUCAGCUAUUGAAUUUUGCUGUGAAAGUGAUCCCCUCCUGCGGAAGUCAAUUUGGCAACAUGCAGAGAACGAGAUGGAUUCGGCUGAACAGGAAACGCGGAUUCUCGAAGAACAGCUAGAACAGUUAUCAGACUUGCAGGAGCGCAGUGCUAGGCUAAAUGGAACAAUCGCAACACUAAAACGGUUGGCAAAAGUAAACACGAACACCCGACAAAGUGAGCAGCAGCUGCAACGCUUACAAUCACUAGGAGGAAUAUUGAAUCCGACUGCCGCGGAUAGUGGAAGUACCGAAAGGAAACGACUAAUGGCCACUAUCAGUCUCUUGCAACCUGAUCAUGAUGAACGAAUGCGUAGCAUAGAGAUUCAAGAAGCCCUUCGCGAGCGACGAAAACGCGUGUUUCGAGACCCCCCAGUGUUUAAAGGUCCCGCUAAAGCACUCCUUCUCAAUGGCAUUCAUAUUUCGCCCAUUUGGCCGGAGGGCUUUUCACGUAAAUCAUAUCGCCAUUCGACUCUCACAGUGGAUACUCCUGAUGUUCCAGCGGUAAAUGAAGAGCCGUCCGAAAUCCCCAACACCACCGCAAAUCUACCCCAACCGCUUCGUCUGCCCUUGUCCACAGUUCUCGUCAGUCGACUCAGAAAUCCCAAUGCACCCAGGGCCAAACGAAAUGCGCGUGUAAAAUUCAACAUGCAGGUCUACGUUGACGGAGAGGACCAGCCACUGCCGCUGAACUGUGUUCCAGAAGAAGACAAUCCCAGAAGCGCUCGGCGGAAGUCAGCUCCAGCCUUGCCCAGUCCAGAUGAGGCAACACCGCCCGCUCCCCCUCCCCGACUGACCAGCCAGUCAGCCUCUGCCCCUCCCGCUGGGACAACAAAGUGUCAGCUGCAAAGCAGUCCGAUAAAAAUGCUGCGCUAUGAAAAUAUGGACAUGUUCCUAAAGAAUGUUCAACAACUACCUGCUUCUGAUGGGUCCCACCGGGGUUUUGAUAAUGACGACGGUACAGCAUAA